CCCUGCUCCUCCUCAGGAAGACCACCUGACAUGAAGGACUGAAGUCUGAGGACGUGGUGCCCCCUGCUGGACACCCACUGCAGCUGCAGGCCAUGGCUGAGCCCAGUUACUCCGACCUCAUCGCCAAACACUACAACUAUACCGGGAAGUUCCGCAAGGCGACCCAGCAGGACUCGGGUCUGAAGGCCGACUCAGUGGUAUUCAUCAUCGUGUGCUGCUUCAUCAUCCUGGAGAACGUCCUGGUCCUGACCACCAUCUGGAGGACCAAGAAGUUCCACAAGCCCAUGUACUACUUCAUUGGGAACCUGGCGCUGUCCGACCUGCUGGCUGGCGUCGUCUACACCGCCAACAUCCUGCUGUCCGGCGCCAACACCUACAAGCUGACGCCCACGCAGUGGUUCUUCCGGGAGGGCAGCAUGUUCGUGGCACUGGCGGCGUCCGUCUUCAGCCUGCUGGCCAUCGCCAUUGAGCGCCACCUCACCAUGCUGAAGAUGAAGCUGCACAACAACGGGAACACGUGCCGCGUCUUCCUCCUGAUCAGCACCGUGUGGAUGAUCGCAGCCGUUCUGGGCGGGUUGCCGGUGAUGGGCUGGAACUGCAUUGAGAGCAUGCCGCAGUGCUCCACGGUUCUGCCGCUCUACCACAAGACCUACAUCCUGUUCUGCACCACCGUCUUCUGCGUCAUCCUCCUGGCCAUCGUGGUGCUCUACGCCCGGAUCUACGCACUGGUGCGCACCCGCAGUCGCAAGCUCGUCUUCCGCAAGGUGACCAACGGCCGCGGCAACGCUGGCGCCAACAGCAAGAGCUCGGAGAAGUCGCUGGCGCUGCUGAAGACCGUCAUCAUCGUCCUGAGCUGCUUCAUCGCCUGCUGGGCGCCGCUCUUCGUUCUGCUGCUGCUGGACGCCGCCUGCGAGACGCUCGCCUGCCCCAUCCUCUACAAGGCCGAGUGGUUCCUGGCGCUCGCCGUCCUCAACUCCGCCAUGAACCCGCUCAUCUACACGCUGACCAGCAACGAGAUGCGCCGGGCCUUCCUCAAGACGCUGCUGUGCUGCACGGCCUGGGUCCGGCCCAAACCCAAGUUCACCGGGCCCAUCAUGGGGGCGGAGUUCAGCCGCAGCAAGUCGGAUAACUCCUCCCAUCCUAACAAGGAGGCGGAGUACUCACCAAGGGAGACCACGGUGGCAUCCUCUGGGAACGCCACUUCCUCUUCCUAAUUAGGAGGAUGUUUCGGACGGCGCUUGGGUCCAUUCGCAUCUCGGACCGUCAGCGGAUCAGAACUCGAA